CCACCCAUCGUCAAAAUCCCCUUCACUCCCACCAUACCCAAGCCGAGCUCUAACCUCUACAGAAAUGGCCGCGCUUCGGCAAUCAGCAGUCUCCCUCCAAUCCAACCUCCCAUACGCCUCACGAUCCCUCAGACCUCUUCCCUCCCUCAACCUCUCCUUCUCCGCCACCAUCCCUUCCCUUAAACUCCCUUCCUCCGUCCGCUCCCGCGGCGGCCCCAGGAUGUCCGCCACCGUUGCUUCCAGCUACGCCUCCGCCCUCGCCGAUCUCGCCCAGUCCAACAAUACCCUCGACACCACCAUCGUCGACGUUGAGAAAGUUGAGAAGGUCUUCUCCGACCCCGAUGUCCUCAACUUCUUCGCCAGCCCCAUCAUCGACACCGAGAAGAAACGCCAGGUGCUCGACGAAAUUGUCAAGUCCUACGCCCUCCAGCCCCACGUUGCCAAUUUCAUCAACAUCUUGGUGGACUCGCAGAGGAUCGACACAAUCAUAGAUAUCAUCAAGGAAUUUGAGACGGUUUACAACAAUCUGACGAAUACAGAGCUGGCUGUGGUAAGCUCGGUGAUUAAGCUUCAGCCGGACCACCUGGCCCAGAUUGCAAAACAGGUGCAGAAGCUGAGUGGGGCCAAGAAUGUGAGGAUCAAGAACGUGAUUGAUCCAAGUUUGGUUGCUGGAUUUACAAUCAGGUAUGGGAAUUCUGGGUCCAAAUUGAUUGAUAUGAGCAUCAAGACACAGUUGCAGGAAAUUGCGUCCCAGCUUGACUUGGGUGAUAUUCAACUCGCCUUAUGAUGAGUUUUGAUUGAGCAUCAGUCUUUUCGGUAUUAUAAUUAUGUUUGUAACUGAACUUGGAUUCUACAUUUUUGUUCAAAUGUGGAUGUAUUGUUUCAUGUAAUGCUAAGACCAAUGAUUUUUCUAAUUGGGUUUAUGUGUUUAUCAAUCGGUCCAGUGUUUUGUAGU